UUCUUUCAUUGUGUUUCAAACAUGAACGAUGAGUAGCGGUUAUUCUGAUACCUUCGUAACAUGAUGAUCAUGAUAACCAUGAUGACAUGACACACUAAGAAGAGCAAUAAGCAAUUAACGCUCUCAAUUAAUUUCAUCUAGCAAAAUGGCUAGUUUUUUCGGUGAAGUAGUAUUUCCAGUUUCACGAGCAUUUUGGGAUGACGAAGAGGAAGAUGGACCGACAGGACAACCAAUAUAUCAACCUGAAUUCUUUGUUCGAUGGUUAAAAGAGAAGCCAACUCGAAUCAAUAAAUUAAUUGUAAUUGAAGGCGAAAUAUUAAUCGAUUUCUCAAAGGAAAGUUUGGGUAAAAAUUCGGAAGAAGUAUGUUUUGUAGAAGAUGAUAGACAAAAGAAAGCAGGUACAAUUUAUCAAAUUAAUGAUGAGGUUUAUUUAUGCAUUGUAUCUGAACAUUUUGAUGUAAAAUUUUCAAGUAAGCUUGUGAAUAAAAUGACUGAUAUUUUGUCAAGUGUAGAAAAUACAAUUUGCAUAACAUAUAGACAUAUAUCACAGUUUAAGAAUAAAAACAUACCAGCUGUACCAUCAUUCCUGAGAAUGUUAGUCACAGAGUCUGGUAAUAAUGUUUGCAAGUUAAAAGAACCCUUUCUGGAACAACCAAAUAUUGUAUAUGGAGUUACAGCAGGAGUUUUGUCAUAUGCAGAAUUUAUGGAGUUACCUGCAGUUUUAUACGUUUUAUAUAUAGAUAGUUUUGCAUUGGAUUCUGCAUCUGCAGAACCUCUUAUAAAAUUAUUUGUAGCUUUGAACUGCACACUACAUGAUGUUUCAUUUGCUGGAAAAGAUUUUUUUAAUAAAGGCAACCUUUAUAUGUAGAAUUUCA